AUGUCGAAGGCAAUCAGAAGAAUCACUGGCAACACAACAGAUAUCAACUACGGUACACACACGUUUUCAGCUCCAAAUACACUAUGUAGACGUGUCUACGAUGGCUUCAAUAUCUGUAGCAAGUGCCUGUGGACAUUUGUGACUGAAAAAUCAUUAAAAAUCCACAAUGGAUGUUGUAAAGGGGGAAACCUGAAAAUAUUCUACGAAUGCGAGUUUAAGGAAGGAAAACAUGGGAAAAUUGGAUUCACCAGAAUAAACAGGCUGAGUAACAAACAGACAUUGGCUGCACUUGGAGACGCAUUUAUAAGACAGAAGACUGUCUACUGUGAGCUGAAUCUCUAUGAAUUCUACGCAGCAGUGGACUUGGAAUCGCAUGAAAUUAUGGGAUAUUUUUCAAGGCACAGCCAGUUGGAGAAUUCACUUAGUUGCCUAGUUGUUUUCCCACCGUAUCAAGGAUGCGGAAUAGGGACACUUUUGAUUGAUUUAUCGCAGCAGAAGGCUAUUACAAGGAGCAAUGGAAUCGAAUACUCAGAUCCAAAUAAGAUAUAUGUUCCACUUGGUCCAGAAAGGCCACUUUCAGAUACAGCCUAUCUCUGCUACAAGAAUUACUGGGCUGUCAAGACAGCUGGAGCCAGAACAGUACAAGAAGUGGCUGAAAAGGAGAACAUUGGGCUGGAAGAUGCUGUAGUUGGAUUGGAGGCGAAUGGAUUCGACUUCAAUGAAUGGCGCAUAAAGAAGAAAAUGCCUAGGAGAAAAUUGAAGAGGGAACUUCCUGAUAAAUUAGUCAGGUGA